AUGGAGGCUACAAUGAAAAUUCUGCGAUGGCAUUGGCUUGAAGCUCAACUGAAAUACUGUGGACUCAAAGCUUCUAAGGUUAAGGCUGUUGCACAUGUAAUACUUCAUGACGCGGCGAGACAUGGGAAUUUGAUUGUACCCACUGAGAUUAAUCAGCUUGAGGCUGCUUUUGCGGAGGAGUCGAAGAAUAAGGAGAGGGGACAUUACUAUGUGUGUGUGUGUGUGUGUGUGUUUAUGGCUGGUGGGAAGAGAAAUAUUGAUGUUGUUGAUGGGGGUGAGUCGGUGCAGCGGCCUGUUGCUUCUAACGCUGCUUCGAAGAAGGCGAUGGCUGCUCCUGUGGAGGAUGUCAUGGACGUCGAGGAUACGCCUGCGCCUGCUCCUCGGAACAAGCAGACAGCUCGCCGUGGUACCCAGCCUUAUACGGAGUAUGCGGCUCAAGAAAAUUUUAACGAAGAACUUCCUCCACUUGGACUACUUAAUGGCGACUACACUCUCUCUUGGAUUUCUGGAAACUGGGGCUACGAGGAAAUCGAUCUAUCUUGA